CUCAGAGAGCCGCUUUCUCCCUCCGGCGGGCAGGCUGGGCGCGCAGGGGCGCGGGCCCCCGCCCGGCGCGCAGUGGCACCAUGGGCACGGUGUUGUCCCUGUCCCCCAGCUACCGGAAGGCCACACUGUUUGAGGAUGGCGCGGCCACGGUGGGCCACUACACGGCCGUGCAGAACAGCAAGAACGCCAAGGACAAGAACCUGAAACGGCACUCCAUCAUCUCGGUGCUGCCCUGGAAGAGGAUCGUGGCUGUGUCGGCCAAGAAGAAGAACUCCAAGAAGGUGCAGCCCAACAGCAGCUACCAGAACAACAUCACGCACCUCAACAAUGAGAACCUGAAGAAGUCGCUGUCGUGUGCCAACCUGUCCACCUUCGCCCAUCCCCCGCCGGCCCAGCCACCUGCACCUCCUGCCAGCCAGCUCUCGGGCUCCCAGACCGGGGUCUCGUCCUCUGUCAAGAAGGCCCCACACCCUGCCAUCACCACCGCAGGGACGCCCAAACGGGUCAUUGUCCAGGCGUCCACCAGCGAGCUGUUACGUUGCCUGGGCGAGUUUCUCUGCCGCCGGUGCUACCGUUUGAAGCACCUAUCCCCCACGGACCCUGUGCUCUGGCUGCGUAGCGUGGACCGCUCGCUGCUUCUGCAGGGCUGGCAGGACCAGGGCUUCAUCACCCCUGCCAACGUGGUCUUCCUCUACAUGCUCUGCAGGGAUGUUAUCUCCUCUGAAGUGGGCUCUGACCACGAGCUCCAGGCAGUCCUGCUGACCUGCCUGUACCUCUCCUACUCCUACAUGGGAAAUGAGAUCUCUUAUCCGCUUAAGCCCUUCCUGGUGGAGAGCUGUAAGGAGGCCUUUUGGGACCGUUGCCUCUCAGUCAUCAACCUCAUGAGCUCCAAGAUGCUGCAGAUCAAUGCCGAUCCACACUACUUCACACAGGUGUUCUCCGACCUGAAGAAUGAGGGCAGCCAGGAGGACAAGAAAAGGCUCCUCCUAGGGCUGGAUCGGUGAGCCCCAUGGCGUGUGUCAUGGCUCAGGAUUCAAUUCAUUUUUUUAAAGAUUAGUAUCAAACACAUCAGUUUUGU